AUGUUCCUGCGGCGCCUGAGCACGUCCGCCGCCGCGGCCCUCCGCCGGCGCCGCCGCGGCGCCAAGGACGACGGCCUCCUACCGGCCCUGCGCGCGGAGAUCGCCCACGAGCUCUCCUCCUCCCCCUCCUCUUCUCCCCCUUCCCUCCAUUCCCAGGACAUCAACGACUUCGCCGCCGUGUCGGACGCGCCGCGCGCGCAGGACGUGCUCCUGCGCCGCCGCGGAGGCGGAGACGGCGAGGAGGUCCUCGUGUCCGCGCUGCUCGCCCCGCUGCGGUUCGAGGGCGAGGAGCCGCUGCCCAGGGAUGCGCUCAUGAAGGUGUUCGUCAGCAAGCCGGGGGUGGAGCCGCUGCUGCGCUUCGACUGCCGCGCGGUUGCGGGCGACGGCGACAUUGCCGCUGGCUACGAUAUAACCGCCCUUUCGUAUCACGAGUUCCCUGGAGACGGUGGCGACCGCAAGUAUGAAGGGCCCGACUUCAGAGAUUUGGAUCCUAAACUGCAGACUGCGCUGAAAGAAUACCUCAUGGCAAGAGGCGUUAACUCUGAACUGGCAAACUCACUUCGCGAACACUUGCUGCAGAAGGAGCGGGUCCAGUACGUGGGCUGGCUCAAAAACUUGGAAGAAAUGCUCACGAAAAACAAUUGACCUAGUUAUCGGAAAAUGGAUGAACAAGAGAAUGAUCAUUGACCUACCUAAUCCUCCUCUGUUCAACUUUGCUCUGCGGUUGCUAGUCUGUUACUGAUGAAUCGUUUGCUUCAUGAUUUUUUGCUAUGCCAAUGCUGGGUCAGGUAAAUGUUCUGUGCAAGUGUGAUCACAAUCUCUGUUAACUUCCCAUUCUGUCAUGAGAGAACUUUGUCCUGUCAAGUGUGAUCACAAUCUGCACCUUGUUGCUGUUUGGUGAUGCUGGAUUUGGAUCAUGAACUGUAGCGGUGAUGCUGGUUUUGGUUCAUGAGCAGAUGAGCUGAACUCCUUUUGUCGUUCCCUCAUUUUCCGAUCAUAAAUUUCAGUAAAUUUGCCU